AUGGCCACCAGAGAAGGGAGGAAUGGUGCGUCAGAUGGCCCAGCGGAUCGGCACAUUUUCUGCAGCUCUCUGCCAGAUACGGUGAAACAGCUGCUACAACUCGUGGAUGAUGUUUGGGAGUCUGAGCCGGCAUCCGCGCGCUCCUCCUCAUCAUCGUCCUCCUCCUCAAUCUCGCGGAAGGAGACGCCUCCCCCGACCAUCAAUGCACCUCCCCCUGGUCUGGAAGGGGCACCUAACCCUCCCGAGCGGACCGUUCGCCGGGUCUCACGACAGAGGCUUCUUCUGCCAGAGCAACAGCAGCGGCUGAAUUCGUUGCCACAGAACUACCACUCGACUCUUCGUGACAAGAUGCGCACUGCCCCGACACGGUCCGUGACCAUCGCGGACCCGGAGGAGUCCGACUGGGCAGCAGCGCCGCAGCCGACGAACUACGGCUUUACGCGCUCUUUUACCAUGGAGGAUUCCGUGCAAUCGUUGGAGCUCAGCGCCCAGCAAGAGCUGCAGCUGCAGCACAUGGCGCAGCAGCUCCAUCAGCUCCAGCAGCUGCAGCAGAUACAAAUGCAGCAGGAGUUCGAGAAGCAACAGAUGUUCCAGUACCAGCAGACAGAGGUUGUUCCCGUGUUCCUCUUGCCGGAUUUGUUCGCAACGAACGGGAUCGCCGAGUCCUACGGCCCUCCCAAGUCCUCUCCGCAGAUGUUGGGUGUUGCCCGGAGUGGUAACCUGGUAAGCGCACAGCCAUUCUCCCAACUUGCGUCCAGAGGCAGCAGAGGAGGCCCGAAGCCGGCAGGUGUCGAAACAGGCUCAGAAGUCACCGCAGAACCAGUCGCGCUCCUCCACGGAGCCGAGCUCGAAGACUUCGUCAAAGCGGGCCGCUUCUCAUUCUGCUUCCGCCUCUACCACUGCGGCUCCCACGCCUUCCGCCACGGCUGCCACCACGGCUGCCGCCACGGCUGCCGCCACGGACCUGCGCGGAAGACCAUGAAGGAGCUGCUGCAAUGGUGUGUGCCGGGACAUUCAAACCACACAAGUUCCAUCCAACAUCUUCUGGCCACUGUGGAACGGCGGAACUCCAAGGUGGCCUGGCAAUCUCUGAGCCGAGAUGGAAUGUCCAAGAACCAUCUCUUUGCCCUGACGUCCCCCACCUUCUGCUGCAGAGGAGAUCGCUGCAGAGGUGACCACUCCGACGGACACCGAGGUGAGGAUGAGUGUUUCACGACUGAGAACCUCCCUGCUUCCCUUGCGGGUUGCGGGUUCCUGGUGCGAUCCGGUGAUUGGGGUGGUCUCCAGUUGGUGGUGGACGGGGCAGAGUUCGGGCUUGAAGCAGAGGACGAGGAGCAGUUGUCGGUUGGCUUGGGUGCUGCCUCAACGGCCUAA